UAUGACCCAAACACAAGACAUUGUUUAUAUGGUUUAGACGCAGAUUUAAUAAUGUUAGGUUUAUGUACACACGAACCACAUUUUUCAUUAUUACGCGAAGAGGUAAAAUUUGGCAGAAAAGCCAAUCGAAAAAGGUCAGCCCCAGAAGAAAUUACAUUUUACCUAUUACACUUAUCGUUAAUGAGAGAAUACCUUGGGUUGGAAUUUAAAGAUCUCGAAACAUCGAACCAACUCGCUUUUAAAUACGACAUCGAAAAAAUCAUCGACGAUUGGGUUCUGAUGGGAUUUUUAGUCGGAAAUGAUUUUAUUCCUCAUCUCCCUUAUUUACAUAUUGGCGAAGGAGCUAUCCCGGCGCUUUAUAAAACGUAUAUGAAGGUUUUACCAACUUUUGAUGGGUAUUUAAACGAAUCGGGAACGUUGAAUUUACCACGAUUUGAAAAAUUUUUAGAAGCUUUAGCUGAAGUUGAGUUUGAGCAUUUCUCAGACCAAUGUGCUGAUUUAAAAUAUUUCGAAGCUAAAACUGGUAGAAAAUUUGGAACAAGAGGGAAAUUGGAAGAAUGGGAGGACGAUGGGGAUGUUGUGGAAUUUGAGGCGUUAGAACCAACAAAACCUAUUAAUUCGGAAUUAGCUGCGCUUAUUAAAAAUACGGAUGAUAUGUUUUCUGACCCAAAUGACUUAAACUUAGAUAAUUUAGAGAUUGACGAAAGAAGUGAUUCUUCCGACCGAGAUUUAGAAAUGAUCCAAAUGGAAUUUACUCAGCAUAAAACCGAUUACUACAGAAAUAAAUUAGAAUACCCUAAUGUUACAGCUGAAGUGUUGCAAGCUCAGGCUCAUGGUUAUGUGAGAGCCAUCCAGUGGAAUUUAAAUUAUUACUACAACGGUUGUUGUUCAUGGAGUUGGUAUUACCCCCAUCAUUAUGCUCCUUACAUAUCGGAUAUUAAAGGGUUUUCCGACUUAAAAAUAGAGUUUGAUUUGGGGAAACCUUUUAAACCUUACGAACAACUUUUAGCGGUAUUACCACCUUUAAGCAAAAAGUUGUUACCAAGUGCAUAUCAUAAAUUGAUGACGGACGAAAAUUCAAUGUUAAAAGAUUUUUAUCCGAACGAUUUCAUGACCGAUUUGAACGGAAAGAAACACGAUUGGGAAGCAGUCGUUUUAAUACCGUUCAUUAACGAAGUGUUAUUAUUAGAAGCAAUGAAACCGUGCAAUUUAGAAUUAACACCCGAAGAAAUUGAAGGAAAUAAAGAAGGACCAAUGUUGAUUUAUCAAUACAGCAAAAUGGAUCAAGGACCUUAUCCAGCUCCUGAAUACUUCCCAACGAUUCCUAAUAAUUUUACGACUUGUACAAAACUUAGUAUAGACGAUGUACGAGUCCCCAAAGACAAACUUAUUAAAGGAGCAUAUCCGGGGGUUAAACAAGAGAUUUAUUUCCCUGGUUUUCCUACUACUAAACAUUUAGAAUACACGCAUCAUGUUGCUAAUAUUAAAGUAAAAGUUCACGAACAAUCCAGUCGAAAUGAAAGUAUGAUUCUCACAUUAAAAGUAAACGAUGAUGUUCCACCAUUAGAGGAAGUUGCAAAAGAUUUACUUGGAAAAACUGUUUAUGUUGCUUGGCCACAUUUAGUGGAAGCUUUAGUUGUCUCAGUUUCAAAUAAAAAUUUCCGCUACCACCACACAAAAGAACCAGGUAAUUUUAACAUCGUUGAAAAUAAAGGAAACGUCGCUAAAGAUUGGCAAUUAGAGAGUUCAACAAUCUCAGAUCGGUAUAAAUCUCGUUUUGGAAUUGAAGUAGGUCCAGUCUCUAUCUUAGUCCAUGUAAAAGUCAUGAUUGGACGUAAAUAUAUGUUUACUCAAGCUGGACGAGUUACACUAGAAAAGCAAUGGGCUCCUAUAACUUCUCCUUAUCCAUUACAAUCAAUUGUUAAAGAAAUUUUGGUUAAUGACGAUGUUCAUUCGGCGUUUAGAGAUAUUGAAAGUCUUUUCCCUGUUGGAUCUUUAUGCUUCAUGUUGAGUCAUCCAUGUUAUGGAUCUUGUGGUACAGUGAAAGAUAGCAAAGAUUGCAUUAAGAAUGGACGAUUAAAAAUUUGCAUGAAAAGCUAUGAUGAACCUAAUUUGGAUGAUAUACAAAUAUUAGAAACGCAAAUGAGGACUAAGUAUAUGAAUUCUCAUGAUGCUUCAACUCGAAUUGCAAUUUCUAAGAUUUUAUUUUCGAGGAUAACAGGAAGUAUUUUAAUAUCUACAGUACCCAGAUUCCAAACAACUGAUGAAUCUAGUAAAGUUAAUGUUGGGCUUAACUUAAAAUUUAGCAAAAGAAACGAAGAAAUUCCUGGAUAUACAAGAAAAGAUGGAAAUUUUUGGUAUUAUUCGGAAAAAGCGGUGGAGCUUGUUAAGCAAUUCAAAGAACUUUUCCCUGAAGUUUUUUCUUACGUUAAUUUGCAUAAUGAAAAUGUUUAUUAUUUGGAGGAUAUCUAUCCGGAGGGGGAUGGAAAAGAAAAAGUCGCAGCAAUUGUAAAGUGGAUAAAGAGCCAAGAAUAUUAUUCGUUUGAACGAAGAUCUUGUGGAAGUUGUGUUUUGGAGCCUGAGGUUAUAAAAUGUUUAGAAAAAACUAUUGAUGAAUAUGUAAAGACAGCGAAACCAAAAAUUACGAAUAUGCAAGUUAAACCGCAUGUUUUAUAUAAACCCGAUUUAUUUGUUGGUAACGUUCCCCCCGAUCAAAACACCAAGUUUCAACUCUACGACCGUGUUGUAAACGUAAGAGAAAGUUACACGGUACCAUUCGGACUUGAAGGAACGAUAAUAGCCGUACAUGAUAUUGGAAGUGGAAAUGAUUUGGAUAAAGUUUACGAUGUAUUAUUUGAUAAACCAUUUGCGGGUGGUUUACAGUUAAAUUGCUCCCCGAACCGCGGUUAUCGCUUACCUCGUUCAGCUUUAAUUAAUAAAUCGCAUGGUAGAAGAAUUUACGAACAAAAAUGCGGCACCGUCCAACAAAUUCCAAAACAACAUCAACAGCAACCGAUCCAAGACACGCAACAAAAGUAUUUUUAUCCCCAAUAUUAUCCUCAAAGUAAUCCGCUUCGACCUAUAUACAAUAUACCACCACCCGCCGUCCCAUAUGUAUUUAAAAAUCAGAAUCGGGGAGCACCGUUUUAUAACGUACAACCGAAUUUUACGCAAAACGUUCCAGUCGGCGUUUCACAAAAUGAGAUGUUUACGCAGCAAAGAAGUUUUCAUGGCGUACAGAUUUUAAGUAAAUCAAAACCAAAACAAAAUAAUCCAGCAUCAUCGGAGAAAGGGCCUAAAGAAAAUUCAACAGAAAAGGUAAACGAUAAUCACACGGAUCUUUUGAAACAGAUGUUAAAAAUUGACAAUUCCCCCAAACAAUGUGUCAAUAAUCAAUCGAUCAGUAUCGACGACAUUUUCCAACAACACAAAAAAGUGGCGCAACCUCAACCGCAUCAAAAAGCAACCCGUCCGCAACAAUCUCAAGAAAGUAAACCACCACUUAAACAACCCCAAAACAUCCCAGCAGUAGAAAAAUUUAAUACAGUCCAACUUUUAGAAUACUUACAAAUGCACGGUUUAGGAGUGCCUCAUUAUAAUUAUUUGGAUUUACCCAACGCAAAAGUACAAGCGCAACUUGUUCAUCCGACAACGGGUAAUUUGGUGGUUGGGACGCCUUCAAACGAUAAACAAUCUGCGUGUGAAAGUGUUGCCGGUGAAGUUUUAAAGUUGAUUUCGGGACCUGGAAAACCAUUACCCCCUCAAAUUCCCCAACCACCGAAAACUUGGACGGCGCAAAAUAAAAAUGUAAAUAAAAAACAAGGGCCUUCUUCAAAAUCGUCGACUCCAUCUAAAAAAUCUCAAUCAUCCCAAGAAUUAGGUGGAAAAAGGAAUUCAGCUUCAGCUUUUGUACCUUUACAAGCUGUAAGAAAACACAUUGCAAAAAAUGUUACACCUCCCAAAGAAAACGUAGAAAAUAAGGAGGGUUUGAAGAAGGGCGAGAAAAAUAAACACGCCAAAGAAGAAAAAGUAGGAGUUACUGGAGUUGAUAUGCAAAAUGUUCCUACAAAGUCUGUUGAACCAGUUGUGUCGCAAAAACCCAUGAGAAAUCGUAAAAUGAGACUGGCAGCUAAUUUCGACAUGAAACCCAGUAUUUAAGUUUUUUUUUGUUAAUAUAACAAGUCUUUAUCUAUAAAUUAAGUAAUUAUGUAUAUUUUAAUUUUAGUCUUAAAGUAAGGCUAUGUAAAUUGGCCGAAUUUAAAUUUCUUUUUAUGUUGAUCUUUGUUAAUAAUUUGUACAAGAUCUCAAAUGAAGAUGGACAAAUAUAAAUAUAUUAUUGUAUUAAA